AUGGAGAAACUCUCCUUCGUCAACGUCCAUGAGGGCACGCCCGUUCAGGAGCCAAUCGACACCUUCUCCGUUGAAGAGUUCCGGGUGCGCCAUGGAGAUGGUGCCACGAUCGAGAUGAGGAACGAGCUCAUCACAAUCAAGGGCUAUAACGAGUCCCGGCGUCUGUUGGCUGCCUGGGUCAUUUGCCCUCUCGUGGUCUCGGGCCCGUUUCGCGCCGCGCGCGAGGAGUGGUUGGUCUUUGUCCGGCCGCCUAGUGGAGGAGACACCAGGUUCCCGAAGGUUGGGGACCGGUGUGCUCUUGCCAUCGACGAGACGCUUGAUCUUGCGGACAAGCGUGUUGGCUCUGGCUUUGUGCCGGCCGAGAGGGUCGACAAUCCGAUGGAAGGCAUUGCACCGACUGCGUACUCGGGGUACGCAGCGUUCAAAGUCUUCCCGACGAUUGGGGAGGGUUCGAACGCGAAAGCUCCGGAGGUCCUCAAGGCAUGUUCGAUUGCCGAGGGGCUCUCCAAGCUGACGCCGGAGUUCCUGAAUGACUUCAACUCGGUGAAGGUGAUACUCCGAUUGGAGUUGAAUCUGACCAGCUACCUCGCCGAAAUGUCGGCCCUUCAUCAGCUGACAGGGGACAAGCGGGAAGGCGCCGACCGAGAGCCGUCUCCGAGCAGUAUUGAGGCUUUCAAGUGGAUGCUGGAUUUCACGAAAAGCCCUGACGCGACGCUGGACCUUUUUUCCAUCCUCCCGCACAUGAAGCGCCCGGCGACUUCUAGCAUCCCUACGAAGCUUGUUAAGAUGUUUAACGCGCUGAACCCGGAUGCCCGCGCUGCCUAUGAAGGUCUUUCGAGUAUCCCUGCUAGGCUGCACAUGGUGGCUGGUUGUCCCGGUGCGGGGAAAACACACUGGAAUCUUCUUGUCGCUGCUAUUGCCCUAUCGCAGCCUUUCCGAGACACGAUGAGCAGUGGAGAUACUCGCCGCCGACGGGCCAAGAUCCUAUACCUCAUUGAUGUCAACAAGCCGGUUGAUGACUCGGCGGACCGGAUGCACAAUCUAUGCAAUGAGGUUGGGCUCAAAAGGACAAUCAUCAGAAUGCAUGGUUGGCCAUACGAAAUGCGCCAGAGUACCUUCAUCAAUGGUGACUCGGGCGAUUCUCUCAAUAUGGCCCUCGAUGAGGCUGAUUCAGCCCAGACUCGUGGUCCUGACUUCAGCCGGCGGUUUGUCACAAUAGCCCAAAUUUACAGGGAGGAGGGUGCGUUGCCUGGCGUGGAUCCGAAAAAAGCGCCCACAUUAGACGAGGCCGCAUGGGAUCACUUUUACAAGCACAAGAACGACAAGUAUCCUGAGCUUGCCGUGUCUCUCGAGAAGCUUUUAGAGGCAGGCGUCCAGUCGCCGAGAGAGGCGCUAUCUCUCCGGCGUUGUGUUUACAAACUGUACUCCGACGUGCUCAAAACGGCCGACUUCGUCGCAACCACCCCCGUAGCGGCUUAUGGAAACUUCCCGAAGAUGUACCACCCCGAUGUCGUCUUUCUGGACGAAGCCCCUCACGCGAGAGAGCUAACAAGCCUCAUCCCCAUCGCGUUCUUCUCCCCCAAGGUGUGGAUCUACACUGGGGACUUCCGGCAGACUCGCCCUUUCGUCGCCGGUCUUGCAAACAACGCCCGCGAAGAUAGCGAGCUGAUCAGAAACCCUUUUUUCAAGCAGUUGACCAUUAGCACCAUGGAACGCGCCGAUCGGGUGGGUGCGCUACGAAAUCAUCUCUACAUUAAUCACCGCUCCUACGGUGGCCUUGAGGUCUUGCCCUCCGAGCUAUUCUAUGCUGGCCGUAUGCGCACAGGGAUCCCCGCCGAUGAACAGUACCCCAAAUCCCUUCAACAUCUCCGAGAUUUCCUCGAAGGUUCGCGCUCCAACAGCUUCUACAACGAGUGGCAUCAGAACUGGGCAAUGAAGCGGGUCAAGGAACUCCUCGCCGACACUGAAUUCCGACGAGUCGACAAACCCGAUGAGCCCGGCACAAUCAUGGUAAUCGCCCCCUACCGAACCGCUAUAAAUAACUACCGCUCGCUCGUUCGUGAUUUGGGUGAAUCGGCCAAGGGAAGAGUGGACGUACGAACGGUCGACACGGCGCAGGGCAAUGAGGCGGACGUCGUCAUUCUGGACCUUGUUCGCACACGGACGCCCGGCUUCAUGGAUGAUCCACACAGGUUGAACGUCGCGAUCACAAGGGCCCGCCAAGCGGAGAUUAUCCUGAUGCAUCCGCAUAUGACCAAGAGAAAGGUGGGGGCAGAGCUAGAGAAUACGAAAUAUCUGCUCAAGAUGUGGGAGGAAUGUGAUCGUCGGGGUCGCCUCAUACGCAUUAGGCCCUGA